CUCCAUUUGCGGCCGCUCCGGAAGUUGUUGCACAGUCGUUUCCGGGGCGGUGUGAGGAGGAGCGGGACUCCCAAUGGGUCGCAGCCGCAGCCGCUCCCCGCGGAGGGAACGUAGGCGGUCCCGGUCCACAUCCCGUGAGAGAGAACGCAGGCGCCGGGAAAGGUCGCGGUCGCGGGAUAGAGACCGGAGAAGGAGCCGCUCCCGAUCCCCGCACAGAAGACGCUCCAGAUCUCCAAGACGACAUAGAUCCACCUCUCCUUCCCCCUCUCGGCUCAAAGAAAGAAGAGAUGAGGAAAAGAAGGAAACAAAAGAAACAAAGAGCAAGGAACGUCAGAUCACUGAGGAGGACUUGGAAGGUAAAACAGAAGAAGAAAUAGAAAUGAUGAAGUUAAUGGGGUUUGCGUCCUUUGACUCCACCAAAGGGAAGAAGGUAGAUGGUUCUGUAAAUGCUUAUGCCAUAAAUGUGUCUCAGAAGAGGAAGUACAGGCAAUAUAUGAACCGAAAAGGUGGAUUCAACAGACCUUUGGAUUUCAUUGCAUGAGAAUUGAAAAAUUGAAGACUGAUUUUUUUCUCAUCUUGAUCAGAGAGUGGAUUUUAUACAUGUAUUUAAUAUGCAUCAAAAAGAAGAUCUCAGUUCUUCUCCUUAUAAAGUAAGCAAAUCUUAUUUAUGAUGUGCGUAGCCCACUUACCGUGCCUCAGAAGAAGAAAGGCUGAAUGUUAGUGUUUUUCUCUUAGGAAAUACCAUUUGGGGCAGUCAUCAGCCCAUUUUCUUUGUCCUUAUUCCUGUGGAAACUGUGCUUUCUUUUUGAAUGCUCACUAGGACUUUUUUUUUUUUAAACAUGAUAGUAAUUUUUUCCAAUAAAGCAAUAUUUCUACCCUUUUA